GAGAAUGCUUGUUCACUAUCCAAUAUCAAUAUCGCACUGUUGCACAUGUUCGCACCACUCUAUCGCCAAGCACAUUUCCCGCACGGAGCUCAAUGUCACGGAGGCCCGUUCCCUGAACUGUAUACCAAAAAUAUACCUUUUGAGUAUGGCUCACAUCUGAAUAGGUGAAUAGGAUAUAUAUCGCGCUCUGGGGAUACGAUCUGCAAGCACACCAUUCCUAGAAACUUGCCGAUCCUAGCUCUGCGAAUAUGAAAAUAGAUUGGGACAAGGUCGAUCAACCCGAGAUCGUGCUUCAGAGGUUCCCAAGCAGACGAUCGGUGGUCUAUGGCACCAAAGGCGUUGUUUCAUCCUCACAGCCGCUGGCUACAGAAGCUGGCCUUGAGAUCCUGAGGAAAGGAGGAAACGCCGCGGACGCUGCAGUAGCCACUUCAGCUGCUUUGAACGUAACGGAACCUAGCUGUUGUGGUAUCGGCGGAGAUGCGUUCUGUCUGUUCUACGACGCGAAGGCUAAAACCGUCAAGGCUUUGAAUGGUUCUGGUCAUUCGCCGUCUAAACUUACGAUAGAUUACGUUCGGUCGAUUGGCGUAGAAGGAAAUAGCAUUCCCUUAACGAAUCUAAACUCUGUCACCGUUCCGGGGGCCGCCGCUGCAUGGGUCGAUACGGUUGAGAAGUUCGGCAAUGGGAAUGUGACUAUAGCCGAUGUUCUUGGCCCCGCCAUUCGGCUCGCAGAAGAGGGUGUGCCUGUAACCGAGAUCAACGGUUUCUCUUGGAAGCGAUCAGAAAGGCUUCUGCAGACAGCAUCUCCUAAUGGCGAUGAAAUGCUCCUUAAUGGCAAAGCACCUCAUCCCGGUCAAAUUAUUCAACUUCCAAACCUUGCAAAGACAUUUCGCUCAGUAGCGGAACAUGGAAAGGAUGGUUUCUACAAGGGAAGAAUUGCAGAAGCCAUCGUUGAGCUCAUUCAGAGCAAUGGCGGUGUUAUGGAACUUGAAGAUCUUGCUAAGCACGAGACAACGUUCGUCGAACCCAUCAAGUAUACGUUCAAUGAUGAGGUCACAGUGUAUGAGUGUCCACCAAAUGGACAAGGAAUCACAGCGCUUCUUGCACUCGGAAUACUAGACAAUAUCGAAGCGCAGGGCAAGAUUGGUUCACUCCUGGAGCUGGAACACAACUCGGCGCCAUACUUGCACGUCUUGAUCGAAUCUCUUCGGCUGGCUUUCGCUGACAGUCAAUACUACGUAACUGAUCCAGAUGUUCACCAUAUACCGGUGGCAGAGCUGCUGAGCAAGGAAUACUUGGCCUCCCGUGCCAAACUCUUUGAUCCAGCCAAGACUAACCCUCAGAUUGUUCAUGGAAACCCCGUCAAUUCAUCCGACACUGUCUAUUUCUCUGUUGUUGAUCAAUGGGGGAAUGCAUGCAGCUAUAUUCAAAGCAACUACGCUGGCUUCGGAACGGGAGCGAUCCCCAAGGGAUGCGGCUUUACACUUCAGAAUCGCGGAUCAAACUUCAACCUAACACCAGGCCACCCUAACGCCCUAGCUGGUGGGAAGCGUCCAUACCAUACUAUCAUUCCUGCCAUGGCCCUGCGAGGGGAUGAACUGUUCCUGAGCUAUGGUGUCAUGGGAGGCUUCAUGCAGCCUCAAGGUCACGUUCAAGUCCUGUUGAACAUGCUCCGUGGUUUCACUCCUCAAGCAGCACUUGACGCACCACGUUUCUGUAUUUCGGCCGGUAGCCCAGAGACUCAGAGCCAGCAGACCGGUCAGGCUGGGGACAUAAACAGCGAGGUUUACAUCGAGGAAGGCAUCCCUAACGGGGUGAUUGCAGAACUUAAAGCUAUGGGACAUGACGCUCGUCGUGUAAGUGGUUUUGCGCGAGGCAUGCUAGGGCGAGGACAGAUCAUUCAGAAGAUCAACGACCAGAGUGGAAGGACCGUGUGGGCUGCAGGGUCAGAUCCUCGCGCAGAUGGUCACGCUGCUGCACAAAUAUAAACAUACGUGGUGACUGUAAAAAUAUACCCGUUUAGCACAUUUCAUAGUCAAGAUAGAGAGUCCAAGAUGAGUUGAAAUUGAAGAUUGUCUAUAGAAUACAUAACUGCGCCGAGUACAAAAUAAUGUCCUGGAAAAACC